CCUGCUCUUUUCCUUUUCGACCGCGACGGGUAAAAAACCACAUGUCUUGCUCGGUAUCCGAGAUUUAUUGAAAUUAUGCUGCACAGUGCUGUUAAAACAUAAAUAAGUGCUUAUCGUGUCAACUAGUAACUGGAUAACUUUGCAAUUUGUGACAAUCUGUGUAAAAUAAUUGCAUUCGAGCUAAUUCGUAACCAAAAAACGUUCUAACUACCAACCCACCAGCGCGUGAGUGAGCGAGCGAGAGCAAGUUAGUGCGAGUGCAAAGAGUACGGAAACCGCAAAGCAAAGCAUACGAAAUAAAAACAACAACAACAGCAGUAGCAGCAGAGCAUACGUGAAACGUUAGCAAAGCAACGAGCAAAGCAAAAAGUCGAAUUGUGUAUCAAUUUUUGUUGUUGCUCUCGUGUUGUUUUCGUCGAUUUGCUAUAACGAUACACGUACACACACAUAUAUUGUGAUUUAAGUUCUUGUUACUGUAGCUCGUUUGCUCGAACUCGUUGAAAUCAUUUGUAUCUGGCAAGAAAGCACCAAAGAGUUUCCCCAUCCAACAGCAACAACAACGAGAAAAGAGCAACCAGAGCAGAGCCACAAUCUGGAGUAGCGCAAAGAAAGCUGCCUACUCAGAGAAUAGCAGCAGUAGCAGCAGGAAUAACAAAUACAACAUGUCCAGCAGCAGCAGCAAGGAGGAUGCCACUGCAUCGAAUGCCGGCGCCGUUACCGUUGCCGCUGUUGCUGCAACUUCCAAUGCAGCCACUGCCUCAUAUGCGAAUGUUGUCCAGAAUCUAGACAACAAGAAGUCAGUUGCCGCUGCUGUGGAUAACAAGGAGAAUCAACCGAAUUUGAAAACGCUCAAAUCAUGGAGUGAAGAAACCGCUGCUGCUGAGGCUGCCGUCGAGGAAUCGCCCAAUGUGGGCGAAAAACGUGCCGCCGCUGGCGGCGACAAUACCGCUGAAAAUUCUUCUGAAUUAGAUGACAAUAAUGACUUUUUGCCGGUUCUAUCAUCGCAUCAUCGACGUGACCGGAAAAAAGCACGCAAGGACAAGCCGACGCCGCGAGAAUUUCGCGACAAGCAACAGCCAUCAGCAGGUGGCAGUGGUCCAGGUACAGUUCAGGGCCAAGGCCAAAAGUCGGCAACAGGACGCCGUUUACCCGGCGGCAGCGAAGCCGACGGACGCAAGCAAAUGGCCAGGCAACGAGCGCCACGCGGCAACAGUCCACGGAAAAACGUUGGCGUUCCAGGCAACAUCAGCAGCGGCAGCGGCAACGUCAGCGGCAGCGGCAAGACUCAAAAGGAACGCAAGUCUGAUACCUCACCCAGCGCCAGUCUGGAGGCUAACAACAGUGGCAACGAGGCCAAAUCUGGGGACCCCGAUGUCCAGACAGCCGCCUCAACUGCAGCAUUACCAGCUGCACCACAGCCAAAACGCUUCAUCGCAGCGCCGCCGCCAAAGGUUAACGCUUGGAAGAUAUCAACAAAACAAGUGGGCAGCCCUAAAGCUGGCAGCUCGCCAUUAGACAAACGCGUCUUGCAGCCAAAGGCACAACAGCAAUCGAAACAGACUGGCAGCAGUGGCAACAACAAUAAUAAUAAUAGCAACAAAAAGACACAGCAGCAGCAGCAGCCUCCCGCAGCAACAACAACAAACGAAACAGCAACCGCAACAGCAAGUGCAACAACAGCAGCAGCAAGGAGCAGCACAAACGCAACAACAGGAGGAGCAGUAGCAGCAGCAGUAGCAGUCGUAGUACCAGCGGUAACAACAUCAACCGACGCCGUUUCCACAAACGUUGAUGCCACUAUUGCGGAUGCGCUCGUCGGUUCAGUUGUAAAGGACAAAAAGAAGGUCAACCAAAAGGCUAGCGAUUUCAGCAACGUCGGUGAGUGGCCUACGCUUAUCGGAGGGGUUUCUGGCAGUGGCAAAGCCACAGUUAACGAACCCAAACGUAGUUCAACUAAAAAACAGCCUGUGGCCAAAGCAACAGCAGGAGGAGUAGCAGCAGCACCCACAUCAGCCCAACCCGCAGCAUCAGUGACUACAGCAAGCGCUGUCACAAACGACACUAGCGCCGAGCCAAACGUUGCCGCAGUUGCCACCAGCAGCAGUAGCCAAGUCAAUAACGCCGCAGUCAGCACGAGUCACGAUGCCAAAAGCCAGCGAGAGGCCGACCAACCCACUGGCAGCGCAACUGUCCCAGCUGCUGGCGCCCUUGCCGGAGCUGCCAUCAAUAAGAAAAUACCCAAGCACAAAUGGCGUCCGUUGCAAAUCGAUUUGGCAAAGUCUAGCCGCCCCAAGCCCAUUGGCGGGCGGCCCAAUCGCCGGUUCAGCGAUGAUGCAUACGAGCAGCGGCGUCCGCCACGCACUUACAAUGAGCGCACCGGCCCAGCGGGAGCCAGAGGCUCUGAGGGCCACUCAGGAGGCACAGGUGAAUCGCGGGCACAUGGUGGCCGUUAUGCGUACAACGCACGCACAUCUGCUGCGUCCGAGCGCGUGGAUUCCUGGCGUAGCAGCGGCCCCAGUGCCGCUGUCUACGAUGAGCAGCGCCCAGCCACAGGAGCCGAGGGGGCAGCAGGUGCCGCGUCAGCGCCAGGGGCUGGCGGGUUGCGUGGCCCACGCCGCUUCCGGACGCCGUAUAGGGGUGGCCGGCAAGGGCGCGGUGGAUUCACAAGACCGGGACCAGGUCGUCCAACUAAUCGCAUACCACGCCAUCUGCUAGCUUCUGGCGAGUAUGCCAACUAUUUGCCGGCGGACGCAGCCGGCGCAGAUUCCUCGCAAUCAUAUGUGCUCAUGGGCACACACUAUUUCGGCAACGUACCUGCUGCCUACAUUGAAAUGGACGCUACUAGCGUCAAGGAGGCCAUUAAGAAGCAAGUUGAAUACUAUUUUAGCGCCGAUAAUCUCACAGGCGACAUCUUUUUGCGCCGCAAAAUGGACCCAGAGGGUUAUAUACCGGUCACUCUGAUCGCCUCGUUCCAUCGCGUUUUGGCGCUUACAACAGAUGUGGCGUUAAUUGUCACCGCCAUCAAGGACUCGGACAAGCUGGAUCUUUUCGAGGGCUACAAGGUCCGCACAAAGACAACGCCCACCAUUUGGCCCAUUAGCGAUAUCAUUGACGAAGCUGACAAGUCGCAGCUGCAACAGCAGGCAACCGUUGCUGUGGAACAGCAACUGCAAAAGAAGACGGAAAAAGCAGAAAAGUUGACUGAAUCGGUUAAAGAGGCUGGGCAGCCGGAGGCAUCGUUGCCAUCUGAACCAUCAUCACCACCACCAGCUAUAUUGACCGCUGCCAUGGCCACGAAACCAUUGAGCAGCAUACCGCCGCCGCCGGUGCCACGCAAUUCGCAAAAUCUGGUGCCCAAAAUGCUGCUGGAGAAGCAGCGACCUGCAAUGCCGGGAGUGAACUCGGUGAAUGCAAUCAGUGCACUCACCCAGCGUGUCGAGGGCGUUGUUGGUCAAAAGGCGGGGGUUGGUGCAGCGGCUGAGCUGGCCGAUCAUCUGAGCGGACUAGCCGAGAGCGUCAAGCCAAAGAGCAGCUCGACUCCGGAAAAACGAACAGCGGCGAAGGCAGCUGGAACUGGUGAAGGUGAUGGGGUAGUAGCUGCUUUGGUGGCGGAGCCUGAGGGCAUGUGGAAAGAGGUAAAGAGACGCUCCAAAACAAAUGCUUUAAAAGAAAACGCUACUAAAUCUAUCAACAACAACACGUCAACACAACAGCAAACGCUUUCACAAACGCUCAACAACAACAAUAACAAUGUCAAAAAUGUUAAGCCCAACAAGAACAACAACCACACCGUCACUGCAAACGCCACCACGACCACGUCCAUAUCCACCACGUCCUCGUCCUCGUUUAAGUCCUCGUCUGCAUCCAACGCCACAUCCAACGCCUCAUCAGCCAGCAACACAUCCAUCGCUGCCUCUGUUACCACCAACGCCACCACCAACCCCACUACUACCACUUCCACUGCCACAAACAACAAUAAAAAAUCAUCUUCUGGCAACGCUGCUUACACGACCAACUCCCAAUCCUCCUCCAAAACAGCUGCUGCUGCGCCAUCCGCUCAGUGCCAUGCCGAAAAGGAAGAAUUAGACUUUCAAUUUGACGAGGAGCUAAUGGACCCCAUACCCGCCACCGGACGCAUUAACAACUUUACCGAAAACUUUUCCGACGAUGACGAAUCCGAUUACGAAUUUGCUGACCGUGACAUCAACAAGCUGCUUAUUGUUGCCCAGGUGGGCCGCGCGCCCAAACAUGAUGGCUAUGAUCGCACCGCCGACUUCACCUCACGCACGAAAAUCACUCAGGACCUAGAAAACAUAAUCAACGAUGGGCUUGCCAACUAUGAGGAAGACUUGUGGACCACCACAAAUGUGGUGCCCAACACUGACUAUCGCACAGUUAAUGUCAUCUCACAGGCAGACUUUGAGAAGUUAGCGGUUAACAAAAGAACAACUAACCAGUUGGCACAUCAACCGCCGCCACCGCCACCCAGCUAUGUGGAGGAUCAAGAAGAUGCCGACGGCACUCUGGUAGAUGCCGAUGCCACACUUAAUUCGACACUGAACUCCACGUUGAAGUCUCGACGUGCGCGAUUCUAUGCUGCGCCCAACUCGCACUCAAUCGAUCCCCGCACACCCAGAAAACGCAAAUUGCGCCAUACCGCUAAUCCGCCAGUGGAAGCUCAUGUGGGUUGGCUGCUAGACACCGUGGAACAUCGGCCCCGUACCACCUCGAUGGGCUCAUCGGCUGGCACAUCACCCACUACAUCGUCAUAUGGUUCAUUUGGAUCAUCAGUGCCGCAAUCGUUACCCGUUUUCCAGCAUCCGUCGCAUGCGCUGCUCAAGGAGAACAACUUCACUCAGCAGGCCUAUCACAAGUAUCAUUCACGCUGUUUGAAGGAGCGCCGUCGUCUGGGCUAUGGUCAAUCUCAGGAAAUGAACACCCUCUAUCGCUUCUGGUCCUUUUUCCUGCGCGAAAAUUUCAACAAGAGCAUGUACAAUGAGUUCCGAACGCUAGCGCUAGAGGACGCGGGCAACGGUUUCCGCUAUGGUCUGGAGUGUCUGUUCCGAUUCUUCUCGUACGGCCUGGAAAAGAAGUUCCGCCCCAAUGUGUAUCAGGACUUCCAGGACGAGACCAUUGCCGAUUAUGAGACAGGUCAACUGUAUGGCCUGGAGAAGUUCUGGGCUUUCCUCAAGUACUAUAGGAACGGAGAGAAAUUGGAGGUGCAGCCGAAAUUGGCCGAAUAUCUAAAGAGCUUCAAGAAUAUUGAAGACUUCCGCGUUGUGGAACCAGAGAUCAAUGAAAUGUUACAGGGUGUUGGCAGCCUGACCCCAGGACGCCAGCUUAAUAGGCUGCGCAGCGUGUCCGAGAGUGAUGGCACAGCUGUAAUAACUGCUGGUGGAAGGCGUUUAAACACUACCAUUACCAAUCGCAGCGACUAUGUGGGUCGUCUGUUGCAACAGCAGCAGCAGCAACAGCAGCAACACCAACAGCAACAUCAACAUCAUCAGCAUCAACAGGGCGGCUAUGGGGGUUAUGGUCAGCAGCAAAAUCGUCGACGCACUGGCUCCUUUGGCAGCAGUACUGUGCGCGUACGUAGUGGUUCCUUGGGCAAUAAACCACAGGUGGUCAAUCGCAAUUAUCAGCAGGGAUCACAGCACGAGCUACGCCGCGGCGGCAGUAAUUCUGGCCUAGCGCCACACAAACAGCGUCAACAGCAACAGCAGCAGCAGCAACAACAGCACAAGUCAAAGCCACAGGCAGCCGCUCAGAUUGGUGCACAGUUAAAUGCAGCACGCGCUAGUAAUUCAACUGGCUCGGUAGCAACGAGCUCAACCUCAACGGUAGCAGCAGCAGCAGCAGCUGGAACAUCUUCCUCCACGUCAUCGUCAAAGAAGUAAUUUGUAAUUACGCAGCGAAACAUAUGGAUUAAGAUUAAUUAUGGCCUACGAUUAGCUUGGAGCUUGUGGUUGGAGGGUUUCGUCCAACGGCUCCAUUCUCUUUUGUUUAUUCAUAAUUAUUCAUAUUUUUUUAGUAGUAUUCGAGUGACGCGUUAUGUGGGGACAUCCGUUAGCGUUAGACUAAUUAAGUUAAAUUUGAAAUUUGUUUAUUGCAAUUGCUUAGAGUUGGUUUAGUAGUUACGAUUAAUUGUUUCUAUUGUUUUUUUCUCUCUUUCUCCACGUCUAACUGAAACGAAUGCUUAUGAAAUGCUCAAUGUUUGUUGUUAGCACAUACAUACA